AUGACAACGUCCUGUCCGUCCUGCGGCACCGGCGCCCCGCCCGGCAGCCGCUUCUGCGGCCACUGCGGCCACUAUGUGCCGCCCACUGCUCCUGUCGCAGCGUACGUGUCGAACGCCACCAGUCGCCGGCCGCCGUCCCCCGUCCGCAGGCGCGUCGCGUCGACCGCUCUCACGUCGCCGCCAGCGACUCGACCGAAGCCGAAGCAAACGGACCGACGCCACGCGGCCGUCCCGUCGGCUGCGGCCGGCGACGAAGCUGCGGCUAUCUACAAACAGCUGUUGGCGGCCGUGCGCGGGGCGAACGCUGCGCAGCACGAGGCGGUCGUCGCGGCGUUCAAGUCGGACUGCCGACGCUAUGGACAGGGAGAGCUGCGCGCGCGCGCGUUGCUCGACCGCCUGGCGACGUACUUUGGGGGAGCGCUCCUGUUGGAUCCGAUGCUGCCGCAGCUCGCGCGGCUGAUUCCCGACGAUCACAAGCGCAGGAAACUGCUGCGCGUGCACGCGAAACAGGCGCGUGCGCGAGCCAACGAGCAGGUGGCAGACGCGACGCUUUCGGGUCGGGUCGAGCGCCGCCGUCGGGGUCCGCUGUGUGGUGCAGUGACGAACCCCAAUUUGUCGCGGCAGCUCGCGCGGACCCGACGGACGCAGUCGAACGCAGACGGCAGUCGCAGCAGUGACACGUCGAGCAGCACGAGCGGCGAAGUGGCGCCAGUUGCAACGUCGUGGGCCACGACGCGAGCGAAGACAGAGCCCGUGGCGUGUGCGAUUUGCAGCGACGUGUUUGACAUGCAACGACGGCGACACGCGUGUCGCAAGUGCGGCGCGAGUGUGUGCCACUUGUGUUCGCCCGCGAAGAUGCUGCUGGCGCCGAGUCAAGUGGCGAGCGAAGAGCGACAGAAGCAGAAGCAGAAGAACAAGUACGAUCCGGCCCACCCGCAACGGGUCUGCACGAUCUGUGCGCCCGUGCUGCAGUGUCUGCAGCACGGGCUGAGUGCACAGUACGCCAACUGCCACAAGGAGAACCCGCACGAGGCCAAGACACGACUGCACCUGCCGUUUAGUCGGUCACUGGAAAGCGCGUGCCGCUCGGCAGCAGACAUUGUCGGGAAUUUCUUCCGACCAGGUUUCGGUGCAGCCAGUGACCGGUACAUUCCUGCGGCGUUCCUCAAGCGAGCGCGCGGCAUUGCGUUCCUCACGGUCGUCAAGGCAGGACUGCUCCUUACCGCCAAAGUCGGCACGGGGGUCGUCAUUGCGAAGCUCGACAGCGGCUCGUGGUCUGCGCCAUCUGCCAUUGGAACUGCGGGCAUUGGCGGUGGCCUCGAAGGCGGAGGCGAACUGAUUGAGUUUAUGAUCAUCAUGGGCUCUGCGAAAGCCGUCAAGGUGUUUCACCGGACUCAGGUCAACGUCGGUGGUGGCCUGAGCUUGGCAAUUGGGCCGUACGGACGCGACGCACUGGCGCAGGCCGCAGCGAGUCGCGGCGGGUUCAAUGCGAACUACAGCUAUUCCCACAGCAGGGGACUGUUUGCCGGCCUCUCGCUGCACGGCGCUGUCAUUACGGCGCGCACGGAGAUGAACCGCAACUUUUACGGCCAGCAGCUGACACCGGAGCAGAUCCUGAGCGGCGCAGUGCCUCGUCCGCGCGCUGCGCAGUGUCUGUACGAUGCCAUUGACGGGGCCAUGAGAGGAGUCGCACGCUUUGAAGCUGCGGGGAGAGAGUCGCAACGGCGCUCGUCACUGGCAGCCGCCGAUGCAAUGGGCCGUUGCAGCUCGUGUCGGUGCAACCAGUUCGUGCUCAAGGCCUUUUCGAAGAAGUGCAAGACGUGUGCCCAUGUGCACAAAGCGGCCAAGUAG